CUUGCCUAGACACCGAGCCGCAAUUGCCAGAAUACAAAGGGGACUUAGUAUGACUCGUGGAGCUAUCACAGGCACACCGUUCGGAUUUUCUGAGAAUACUAGUGAUGGGAAGCAGACAGUGCAUUCGGCUUAUAGCGAUCCUUCGUAUUGCAGGCGAGUAUCGACAACGUCUCUAGGCAAGGGCAUCGGCCGAUCAAAAGGACAUUCCGACAAGGACAUGAGAGCCUAUAUGCAGAAACGGACCGCUGCCAGAGAGGUACACUCGGAAGGCGAAACGGGAGGUUCACUAGGCGCUGAAGCACUAGCAGCUCAAAUGGCGCGUUUCAAGAGAGUUUCUUUACGAAAAUUAAGAGCUUGGAGAUCCUGAGUGUUGCAGGUAUUCCGCCGACUCGGUACAAGUAUAGCUCACCAUCGCGCGUCUCUUUCUACCGAGAUUGGCUCCAUAUGGGAUCUCUUCAGAACAGAAAGAGACAGACGACGUUCUGCCCCAGCUGGCUAUGAACCCAUUCACACAGACACAAAAUCCCCAGUAAGACUUGCUAGAGAUUUACUUCAAGUAAUACAAGAGACGGUUUUUAGCAAGAAACUUGAAGAACCUAAACGUUGUCCUUUGGUUAAAGAAGAAUCUGAUCUAACGUCGUCAGACGAAGAAGAAGGUGAUAGAAGAAUCGCCAAUUUAAUAGACUUCUUCUUUACUAUAGUGAGAAGUCAGAAGGAAGAACGUAAAAGUUCUGGGGGUAGUUGUUUUAAAAGUGAAAUCAGUCCAACUGAUGAUAAGAUUGAUAAUUGUGUACCUGCAAUGGUUAAUACUGAAUUAGAACAUAAAAUGGAAACUU